AUGGGACCACAGCCACAGUCACAGCAACAGCAAUUAAGAAUAACUGAUAAUUUUAGAGUUGUAAAGCAGGAAUUACAGCCAUCAUCUACUAGCACUAGCCUCCACUGUACAACGCCCAAGCCAAAGAGAAAGUACACAAAGCGUAGCUCUUGGUGGUCACAGAGAAAGACUCAGUCAACUCCCACGAAAUCUUUGCUCCCUCCGCUUGAAUUAGACGACGAUAUGUCCAGGCCAUCCACUUCGACCGCCGCCUCGAUGGCAGCCGUGGCUACACCACAGAAUCUUUAUAGUCACAGUCCUUCACGCUCUCACACGCAUACAAACUCCCACACGAGCAACUUGGAGCCUCAAUUCGUUAAAGGCAAAGGAAGAAUGCUCGUUCGUAACAUGGAGAGACCUCCCCUUUAUCAUAAUCAUAGCUUUUCUCCAGUAGGAGCACCAGCAACAUCACUCGCUCCUCCAGCUACACCGCAAUUUCUGGUAAACUACAUGUCCGACGAUGAAGAAGGACCUAAUGACAAAUUAAAAGUCAAUCAUGACGCUAAAUCAGCCCUUAUACGUAAACGCCGACAACUGCGCAAAGCUAGAUCCGAAAUGACCCUAUCAAAGACAAAGAAGCAUAAGUUAUCUCCAAAAACGCCUGAACUCGCUCCAACGGCAACCUAUCAUGACAGGUUCAUUCAUGGUUUACCGUAUGCUAGGAAUGCUAAUAAUUUGUUCUUUGGUUUACAGCCAUCACCACCUGUCUCAUUCAAUGAAAGCCACUUACCAUCACCGACGAUGGCCACACCAGCUAACUUGAUGCAAUCAACAAGAAAAUCCAAGCUGAGCAGUGGUUUAGGUAUAACACCACGUUUAGCGUUGGAUGAUAUGACUGAUGACCAAUGGAGACAUCAGAAUAUGUUUUCAUCUCCAACUUUUGGUGUUGAACAUCAAUCACCAGUCAAACUUACACCCCAGUUUCAGACAUCGCACGCGUUCAUCAAUGCCAUGUCCACGUCGUCCUCGAUACCACCACCGCUUAACUACUCAAGCUCGUCUGCAGAGCAUUCGAUUAUUAUGACACCAUCUAAUUUCAACGACAGUCCAUCUAAACGAAAAUUGUUCAAUGAUUCAAAUGACGUGUUCGAUAUUGAGAAUGCAAUUGAAGAGAUCUUUACCUUAUACAGUAUAAAUCAAAAUGGUGUACCAGUCGCAGAUGAGUGCUUAACCACAUUCCAAGAUCUCAAAUUGGGCAAAAAGCACAAGUACAUGAUACUUAAGAUCUCGGAUGACUCUACUGCGAUUGUUUGUGAAAAGACAUCCAACUCUGACAACUACGAUGAGUUUUUGAACGAUCUCCCUGAAAACGAGCCACGUUGGGCUGUUUAUGAUUUCCAAUUCACAAAGGGUGAUGAAGGUACUCGUAAUAAGAUUCUCUUUUAUGCUUGGGCUCCAGAUACUGCCAAAGUUAAACCAAAGAUGAUGUACGCUUCAUCAAAGGAUGCCCUUAGAAGUAAGUUGAAUGGCAUCCAUUUCGACAUUCAAUGUACAGAUUCCACUGAAUGCGCUUUCGAUACCGUCAUGGACAAGGUUUCAAAGGGUGCUUAA